ACAUAGCAUCGCGUUUACGUUUACCAGAGGAGGGGUGGACAGCUUGCCUUUUAUCUGAAUUAAACAAAUAAGUGUUAAAAUAUUGUUAAUUGAUCCUGCUGCGCUGCCUUUGGAAUCGCAACUGUGCUAAGGCCUAAAAACACACGACCGCGGUGCAACGAAGAUACGUGGACGCGACCAAAUAAACAAGCGAAGACGGAUGCCCACAACACAACAAAUUGUGUUUGCAGCUGCCACAACUGUUUUGGAGUAAAACCAAAAUAAAUUGCCCAGAGCUAGUGCUCUAGUGCAGUGCGCACACCAAUUUAAGACGCAAACGCUCUGCUUUUAGGGAGCAGGGAGCCCAUUGUUCUGCCUCGGCAACUAGUGACACCGUUUUGCCCGGCAGCUGUGCUAAAAAUGGAGUGGACCAGGGAGAAGACGUUGCAGCUCAUCGUCGAGUACCGGUGUCGUCGUGGCCUGUGGGACAUGACAUGUGAAGAGUAUCGCAAGAAAGAUGUUAAGCAGCGUCUCUUGAGCGAAGUCGGUCAGGCUCUUGGCGGGAACAUACCCACAAACGAGUUGGAGAAAAAGUUCCACACGCUGCGGACUCAAUAUCACAGAGAAAUAAAUCGCAUGAAACGGAAGGAGCCGUACAACUCAAAGUGGUUUGGCUUCAAGAAUCUCGCCUUCCUCAGUUCGCCAUACGCCUGUCGAGCCACGAAGGGCCGCGUAAAGAUCGAAAUGCAAUCGGACGAGCGCAGCAGUCGCUCUAACGCGCUGGAGAAGCUAAUUGAGGAGACGACCAAGGAUGUCGACGAGGACAUCAUUGAGGAGUCCGAGCAAGAGGACAUGGAGGUCAAGCCGAAGCUGAGCAAAGAGAUAAAUGUGCGGUAUGUCAGCCAUGUCCUCCACGAGGACGAACACGACACAAUCGAGAGUCAUAAUCAGCAGUCGCUCAUGGAUCUGCAUGGGGAUCCUGUGGAAGCGGUCAGUUUUCAGGCCAAUGAAAACGGAGAGCUCCACUAUCAGUCGAAUCCAGCGACGAGCACUGCCGCCAUAUCCAGUAACGCGGUUCACGUGCUCUCCGGUCGCAUCAUAAAGAUACCCAAGCGGGACCCCACCGCCGUCGGAGACCAAGAUGGGUACUACGACGAGCACCACCUGCAUCCGCCCCAAGUCAAGCGUCUCUACUACGAUACCAGCACCACGUCACACAAUGCCACUAUUUUGGAAUCCACGCAAAAUGGCAAUCCUGUGGUCAACAUACGACUUCCGAAGGUCAGCACCACAGGGAACACGCCCCUCCUGUCAACCAAGGUGGGCACUUCAUCCCUCUCUAGCCCCGCCUCACCGUCGGUCGUGAGCAUGGCACCGCGCGAUGAGUUCUCCACGUACGGAGAGUAUGUGGCGAAUGAGCUGCGUGCAAUCACCAGUCGGGAGAGCCUCAUCGCCCUCAAACACAAGAUCAACACGGUCAUUUUCGAAGCAAAUAUGGCCGAGUUCCAGAAAUAAUUAAAUAGUAGAUCCCAAUACUAUGCUCUAAAAAAUUAAGUAUCUUUGCUAGAGCUAGAGCGAGAGCUAUUAACUACAAUUUGACCCCUACGUUUAAAGAUUGAAAUUGUGUCGCCCUUAUUACCAUUUCCAUUUGAAUUUGUACAUUUACACACAGACAAAUAUGUAACAGUUUAAAUACAUAAGCCAAAUAUAUAAUUU